GAAUUUUUUUUCAAAAAAAACAACCAGUUAGCUACGGAGUUAGCAUACUUCCUUCAGCCCCUGCAUCGAUUUCUACAAAAGCUCUCAGCGGACCUCUCAUUGAACAGGAUCUGCUCAGUGCAGGAGACAGCUGCUAAAAUGACAACUGAAACCUGGAUAACUGGUUUUGAAAUGUCUGGAGAUUAUGAGCUGGGAGAUUUAUGCCAACAGCAGAAGCUGCCCUACGCUCAUAUCUACAUUCCCAUCCUCUACUUCUUCGUUUUUCUCAUCGGCUUCAUUGGCAACCUCUUUGUGAUUGUGCUGAUGGCCAUGAAGAAGGGCAACAAGAGGAUGGUAGAUAACUUUGUCCUGAAUCUGGCUGUAGCUGACCUGGUCUUCGUCUGCACCCUGCCUCUCUGGGCACUAUCAGCAGCUCAUAAUAAUCACUGGUACUUCGGAGAAAGUCUGUGCAAGGUCAGCAGCUACAUCAUCUCUGUGAACCGGUGUUCCAGCAUCCUAUUCUUAACGGGCAUGGGUGUGGAGCGUUACCUGGUGGUCAUGAAACGUGUGCGCUCCAAGUCCUCCGUGACUAAGAAAUGUAUCUUCACCACCUGUGGCUGCAUUUGGGCUCUCUCUCUCCUUCUGGGCAUCCCAUCUCUGCUGUACAGGAAGCUCAACGCCUCUGAUAAAUUUUGUCAGGACGAGGACUCUUCUGCUUACCGCAAGUAUAGCCUGGCGUUGCUCAUCUUGACCUUUCUCCUACCCUUAGGAGUCAUCUUGUUCUGCUAUUGUUCCAUCUGCAUCAAGCUGCUGAGCCAUAUCAGCAUGGGAAAGGGGACAAAGAAUUCCCUCAAGAUCAUCUUUACCAUCAUCAGCACCUUCAUCUGCUCCUGGCUGCCCUUCAAUGCCUUUAAAGCAUUCCUCAUUCUCUCUAGUCCUUCAGAGCUCAAUCAAGAAUCAUCACUCUCUUGCUCAGCACAGACUGCCAUCAAAUGGGGUCUAAGCCUUAGUAUUUACUUGGCUUUCAUGAACAGUUGCAUCAAUCCCAUCAUCUAUGCCUUUAUGGAUCACCACUUCCGUCGCCGGGUGCAGCUAUGCUGUUUGCACUUCUUUUGCGCUUCCCAGAAGCCAACCCAGGGCUUGGUCUUCUUUUCAUCUGCUGCUGAGUCCAGCCUCAUGUUUGCCAGCAGGAAUAAGCCGUCAUCAUCUAUUUGCCAUCAACCAAGUAUGUAAGACUGGAAAAGGGAGGCUUAUAAUACUAGCCUGUGACUUGUGGUUUGAGCAUCUUUACUGCUUUUUGUGAGUAUAUAAAAUGAGCCACUCAUUCUGAGGUGUCAGAUUAAAUUUGAUAAGGCAAAUCACCGCCCUUUCAUGAAGGACCUCUCUGUUAUAGCAGUAUUAGGCAACAGAUAUACAUAGAACUACUAUAAGGUUCUGUAUCAUAGGCAUAUCAAUUGUCAGUAGAAAAUUUAUUCAGUUCUUUGCUGGUGUAACUCCAUUAAUGUUAAUGAUGCUAUAUUAACACACACACACAGUAUCUCUACAAGCUCUAAUGAAUUACAAAAAAAAGGAAGAAGUUAAGAUUUUUUUCAGUUCUGACAGGGAGAUUUAAUUGGACUGCUCCCAGUGAAAUUAACUUCUCAACCAAAACCUAAUCUAACCAAUGCUCUCUUCUCAUUUGGGAGAAGGAAAUCUCAUUUGGUGUUGCCUACCACCAUGUCUCCAUCUAAACCAAUUUUAUAUCUAGUGACUCUGUCCUUUUGGGGAGUUAAAUAAAUGGAGAAAUGGAGGACACACUCUGACUAUGGUAUCACAGCAAGCACAAUCAUUAGGCUCUUUAUUUAGUUUUGCUUAAGCAUUGAAAGUCCAGUAGCUGAAGUAGUGGGAGCAGGAGCAGGACUGGCUGUGGGUCCACGUAGGUUUGUUUAAACAACAAAUAUAGAAAAUUGUGUAAAAGUUUGGGUCCAGAUUCUGAUCUGAGUUACACCAAUAUAAAGCCAGAGAACUGAGCAGGCACAGUCUUAACUCAUACAUGUGAUCCCUGUUAACAUAGUAGCCUUACUGAUUUCAGGCAGAAUACACUCCAAGUAUUUGCACAAUUAAAAGGCUACGUAGAUUUGGUCUCCCAUGUCAAGAGAUCGAAACUAGGAGUAAUUUAGACUGGAAUCAGACCUCGGGUAUAGAGUAUAAAAUCUAAUGUAUGUUGUUAGCAUUGCAGUUAUAUUUUACAGUGUUAAAGCAAAUUUAAUCACUUGCUUGCUUCUGUUGUAUUUUAUUUUAUAUAAUGAAGGCAGAAUUGCUGAAAUUGUGACCAUGUACUUAAAAAAAGAGCUCUCCUCUUGUUAAGUAGUUACAUUAAUAAGCUUAAUACAUGAAAAGAAAUAGAUCCAGUAACAAGAAUGUGAUGUUAAUUAAAAACUAGUAAUGUGUUUACUAUUAAAAAUAAC